AUGAACAAGACAGCAAGCAGUCACCAGAGUCCAAUCAUUCUUCUUUAAAUUGAACCCCAACCAGCACAUACCACUGACCAGUGGCACAGGGAUCCUUUCAAUGGCAGGAUUUGACAGGGAUGCUAUCAAUGCUUCAUUACUCAGUAUACCAGCUAAUUUCACAAGCCCUAACAUCACACAGCCCCCUUCAGAGACUUUGCGCGUGGCACAGAUUAUAAUAGCCACCCUGAUAUUCGUGGUUGGAUUGCCUCUAAAUGCCUUGGUUAUUUGGGUGCUGUGUUUCCGCAGCACCAGAAGGAAUAGCUUUGGGCUGUAUGUGCUGAACCUGGCCUUUGCUGACUUGGUAUUGGUGAUGCGUAUCCCACUAGGCAUUGCAUACCUGGUUGCCUAUUACCAAUGGCACUUCGGAGCUAUCACCUGUAAGAUCAUCAUGUUCCUGAGAGGGCUGGGCCUGUAUGCAGGGGCUUUCCUUCUCUCCGCCAUCAGCCUGGAGCGAUGCCUCUGUCUCUUGCACCCUGUAUGGUAUCGUCUCCGCAGGCCUGCCUGGGUUGUCCCCACCAUCUGCGGGUUCCUGUGGUGCCUCUCCUCGUCCCUCAGCAUCCCGUACCUGCUGUCCAGCCAGAUCAUCAAUGGCCAAUGUUUUGAAAAAUCUAAGUCUCCAAUAGGGCUUUUUGUCACAGAAACAGUGUUGGGGUUCCUGAUGCCCUUGCUGCUCUUCGUCUCCUGCAACUUGGUGGUCUUGCUAAAGGCAAAGCAGGGCUACUCUGCGAAGUAUGCCAAGUUGUUUAAGGUGCUCACCUUUACCAUGGUGGUGUUCCUCACCUGCUGGGUCCCCUACCACACGUUCCGUUUCCUUAUGUCACUUUACAGUUCCUCUACUCAGGACAAAGUAUACAGGGUGGCAGCCCAGGGGGUUUAUUUCUCCCUGUACCUGGUUUACCUGAAGAGCAGCCUCAACCCUGCACUUUAUGUCUUAGCUGGAAAAGACUUACGCAGCACUGUGAAAGCAUCACUGAUGUCAGCAAUCGAGGGGAUCUUCAGCGAUGAAGCGUCUGAUUUGAAACACAGAAGAUCCUUAAAGGCACAGGAGUCACUGGUCUAGUGAACAUUCAAGGCCAAGGUAGCAUAGCUGCUUGAUGAAAACUAGUCCAAGGUGUGUACAACACUUUACUAGUGUAUUGUAUGCUGCCAUACAAUACCCUUAUUUAAAACUACUGCUAAAUAGAGUAAUACUAAUCUAGACAAGAAAGGACUAGAGGAGUUACUACAUAUUUGUGUUGCUUUGAAAAACAAUGUCAAAAAUAGUCCCAAUAUUUAAACAAAACAGUGGGCAAGGCAGUUGCUCCUCUAUUUACAAAUCAGCAAAGGGUAGGUGGCGGGAAACUAUGACCACAUUUCCAACUCAUUUCUGUUUUAGGACGAAUGAUUUUCAACAGAACCAAGCAGCCUUCUGUUACUGUGAUGAACUUGAAAAACCUGGGUGCAAUCUUUAUACAACUGCCCAAGGGAUGUCCUGUAAAAUAAUUUUUAAUAGAAAAUACACUUUGUAUUUGUUAUAUGCAGUAUUAACUGAAGGUUGGGUGGGCGUCCUCCGAUCCCAUAACCAGGAACUUGAGAGUGGAUAUCAGCGAGCUACCGGCCUUUGGAGGACAAAGACCAGCCCUGCAGGGUGUCCGCAUGAGGUCACCAGGCGCUUGGCCACUAGAGUCCGCUGUAGCGCAAUGAGGAGAAACAGCCCCUGACAGUUUUGCCCCCCUAACCAGUGGGAUACCCUGUGCUCCCCUGACUGUAUGACUCACUCUGCACACCACAUAGGUUAUAUCAAACUGCCUUUAACAAUCUUUCAUAUCGAUAAUAUUACAUGAGAGAAAGACUCCUUGAAUUUGAAAAGUACAGACUUUACUUUCACUUUAAGCGGGGCAAAGAGUUUAUAAUAUUUACCCAAACUUAGCCAUGACCAGGACAGAGACUGAACUGAUUCUAGCAGCAAGUGUUUUACCUAAAUACACAUGGCCAGGUUAAAUUUGUAAUCAAUUUACCAAUUUAACCUGACCACAUUUUAAACAUUUUCUUAAAACAUCCCUGCCACCCCCACAACAUACACAUUUAUUCAUGUGUGCAUAUAUUUUGUUCCCCCAGUGCUGCUUUUUUCAUCUAACCAAAUAUAGAUGCGCUUUUGGAACUCUUUUUUUUUUUAGAAUAAGCAAAUGUUUCAACUGAAGUAGACUGUGUUAUGUAACUAAUAUCAGUAACAUAUAAACAGAUUUGUGUAGUAUUUUUGGUGUUUUUACAUUACACAAAACAUAUACAGUCCUAUAAAUGUACAGUUCAUAAAUCCUAUGUUAGAGUGUGGUUGUGAUUGAGCAUAAAAACAGGAAGGAGGUGUUGUGUAUACUGUAUUUAGAAGGUGGUGCAUGUCUCUAUCUAUAACUACCGCUUCUUGUGGACAGAAAACUUUCCUCAGAUGUACAUUUAUGCAAAGGCCAAUUAAAUUGAAACAUAUAUAUUACAAUAAAUGUAUAUAUGCAUCAUA